ACGGAAGUACUUCGCCAGCCUCUUUUCCGCCGGCCACAGCGGAGUACACUUCAGGCAUCAUGAAGUUGAACCCGUUUGUAACAUCUUCCCGCCGCAAAAACCGCAAGAGGCACUUCAAUGCUCCCUCACACAUCAGGAGGAAGAUCAUGUCCUCACCCUUGUCCAAGGAGCUUCGUCAGAAGUACAAUGUGAGGUCCAUGCCCAUCCGCAAAGAUGAUGAAGUCCAGGUUGUCCGUGGACACUACAAAGGCCAGCAGAUUGGCAAAGUGGUGCAGGUGUAUAGGAAGAAGUACGUCAUCUACAUCGAACGUGUGCAGAGAGAAAAGGCGAACGGAACCACAGUCCAUGUUGGCAUCCAUCCCAGCAAGGUGGUCAUCACCAGGCUAAAGUUGGACAAGGACCGCAAAAAGAUCCUGGAGCGCAAGGCCAAAUCACGCGCUGAUGGAAAGGAGAAGGGCAAAUACAAGGAGGAGACCAUUGAGAAGAUGCAGGAGUAAACAUCUUUUGCUAUCAAUAAAUUGUAUAAAAUGA